AUGGCGGGCAAAAUGACGUUGUACAAAUUGGUGGUCCUGGGGGAUGGUGGUGUUGGAAAGACCGCAUUGACAAUUCAGCUCUGUUUGAACCACUUUGUCGAAACAUAUGACCCAACUAUCGAAGAUUCCUACCGCAAGCAGGUCGUUAUCGACCAGCAAUCGUGCAUGUUGGAAGUGCUGGAUACCGCCGGUCAAGAAGAAUACACUGCGCUACGCGAUCAAUGGAUCCGGGAUGGUGAAGGUUUCGUUCUCGUCUACAGUAUCACUUCGCGGGCCUCGUUUUCGCGGAUACAGAAAUUCUACAAUCAGAUCAAGAUGGUCAAGGAAUCUGCCAACUCCGGUUCUCCCUCUGGUGCCAGUUAUCUGGCAUCCCCCAUCAGCGCCCCCUCCGGUCCCCCGCUGCCCGUGCCUGUGAUGUUGGUGGGUAACAAAAGUGACAAGGCCGUCGAGCGCGCCGUGUCCGCCCAGGAGGGCCAGGCACUGGCCAAGGACCUGGGCUGUGAAUUCGUCGAAGCGUCGGCUAAGAACUGCAUCAAUGUCGAAAAGGCUUUCUACGAUGUCGUCCGUAUGCUCCGGCAGCAGCGACAGCAGCAGCAGGGCGGCGGGAAGGGCCAGGAUCGUCGACCGACCGGGAUGGGGCCCAUGCGCGACCGUGAUUCCGGUCCGGAAUAUCCCAAGUCGUUCCGACCGGAUCGAUCGAGGCAUCGCAACAAGUGCAUUGUUUUGUAA